CAUUUAUCAAGUUGACCCCCACCCCCGUGAUUUAUCCAUAGGGAUAUGACUCUUCUGCCUUCUAUAAAUAGAAACCAUUCUCGAAAACAAGGAAUAAGUCAGCAUUGCCUAAGGAUGACGAAGAGUUUCCAGAAUCUGUAGACACAUACGCUGCACCCAUACGGCGAGAAGUAUAUAUACACGACAGGAGCGGAAGUCUGGCAAGAAACAAAAGUGUUGUGUAACAUUAAUCAGCUCAAAGCCAACAUUCCAGAGACUCCACACAAAAAAGACGAAAUGGCGAUGAUGAGAAGAGGAAAAAUCCCAAAAGAAGUUCAAUCCAUCUUUGAGAAAUAUGCCCAACAGAAUGUUCGAAGCUUGAAGAAGCCGGAUGCCAUUAAUCUUCUGAAGGCCGAGUUCAGUUUGAAUGACGCAGAAGCGGAGUGCAUGUUUGAUACUUUUGAUAAAGACCAAAACUCCAUCAUGAGUAUAUGGGAAUUCCAACAAUUCUACGAGACUGUCGGGAACGGCGCCAGUGAAAUGUUGGAAAAAUUUCAUGAAUUGGACGUGGACCGCAGCGGGAAACUAGAUCAGCUGGAAGCGAAACAAGGGCUCGAACUCAUGACAACCGCCACGGGGCGAAAAUUAGAUCCACGCGAGAUCGAAUUCUUCCUAAAAACAGCCUCGGACGAGGAAGGCUUUAUAGACAUAGGAAAAUUCGUCAGUCUCUUCAAGCGCCUGAAAGUUUAUAACAGUCCCCCACCCCCAAAGAACGCCAAAUGCCACGUGCUUGGAAGUGAAUGAGUGUAAAUUACCAUAACGGGGAACUUUUUGACAUAAUUUUAGAUGGUGUUGUUGAUUCAGUUCAGAUUGUUUUAAUAUUCAAGAAUUUAAUUUUUAAUAAUAAUCUGAAUAUUUCAUUGUAACCAUACCUACGCUUAUCAUACAAGUGUUAUCUUUCUUGAUGUGCAUUGUACAUCGAUCAUGUGACAUGUUCAGUAUAUCGAUCAUGUGACUUUUUAAAAUAUGUCUAUUGUUUUGUUGAUCUUUUUCACUUUUUUACCAUGACAAAAUAAAAUUAACUUGAAAAACGAA